CAUGACGCGAGAGGCUUCGCUUACUUUUCUUAUUGCUGCACACGCGAAAGGCCAGACGACAGCUCUGCCCUCCUACAUCCAGCCCAGCCUGCUUGCUCCUUCUAACACCCGCAGCGCCCCCCACUUCAUGCAACAACCCUGCUUACGCAAAAAAACCCUUUUGCCAUCUUUCCCGGCUAUAUAAAUAAAAAACUGACCCUGCUAAAAGUAUGCACGUAUACACUUAAAGCCUUUCGUUUUAGUUCUCCCUCGCCGCAGCCAUGGUGUAUAAAUUUACAGAAAAAGAGUACUUGGCAUAUUUGGCGACAAUUGAAGAGGAUGAGGUUGAUAUUUCGGAUUUUUUUGAAUUGGGAAAACAGCCGCAACACUUAGAUGCUGUGAAAAGGCAGCUCACUACGUUUUUGUUCAAACAGCAAAGGCAAAUAGGUACUUACAAAGUCAAAAGAGCAAAAGAAUUUAGUGCAACAAAACGGACAAGUAGUAAACCCUCUAGACAACAUUGUCGACGUCGAGCAGUUAGACACUGUCGACGUCGAUGCCCGUCAAAUUAGACGCACCGGCCGCUGUGCUUUUUCAUGAUUCAACAUCAGGACCCCCUUUAAUUAUUGAAUGUUAGACUUCAUCAUUUUUUGACGACGAUGGAUGACCGUCGCUGCUGCAAAAAAAUGCUUAACUUUCACGACACAGGACCGUGUAACGAUUUAAGGUGUGUGUGCCUUCAGUGGCAUAAUAGUAAAGCUGGCAACAGAGUCGUUUUUCUUAUCCGCCAAUGAUACAGACACUCCGCAUCUUGUUUUAUCCCCUCCAGUACUUGUUGAAAUAACUUGAAUAGAUCGACACUAUGUCCGGCGUCCCAGGAUCUUCGUCUGCAUCCGCCCCGUCGCAGCACCGGGCCCGGGACGACAGCACGAUGCGAAUUUUGGUUUUCACGGACACGUAUCCUGUGCAAAAGUAUCGUACUCGUAGUAAUUGCAAUCAGGCAUUACAAAUCUCUCUCUUAAGGCAAAUCAGCAUUUACAAAUUUCAGUUUUCAUGCUGAAGAAAUUUGUCAUGCGAAUUAUACUAGUACGAUGCUUUUGCAAUGCAUAACACGCACCUGGGUCACAAGGACCACGACGACGUGCUGGGCAAUGACGCCAUGGAAACGUUUGAAGAGAUUCUGCUCAUCGCAAAGGAGAAUAAGGUAUCCUCUGCAAAAGUAUCGUACUCGUACUAAUUGCUUUUAUGCAUUACAAAUCCAGUUCCUAAGGCAAAUCCGCAUUACAAAUUCAAUUUGUAAUGCUGAGCCAAUUUGUAUUGCAAUUUAUUUUUAUACUAGUACGAUGCUUUUCUUGCAUUUCAUACGAGGUCGACUUCAUCCUCCACUCGGGGGACCUCUUCGACGAAAAUAAGCCGUAUCCACAGUAAAUUUCCUGUACAUAUACAAAUGCGGUUUCUGCAUGACAAAGCUUCUUUUUCAUUCGAUUCAGCAUGACAAGGAGCAUGCUCCAAGUUCAUGAAAUUUGUGAUGCAUUUUGUACAUGUACAGAAAAUUUGUCUUGCAUGAGCCGAGUCGAAAGUGCAUGAACGACACCUUCAAACUCCUAUCCGACUACUGCAUGGGUGACACGCCGGUCCAUUAUUUCCUGAAAAGUAACCGUUCCCAUUCACUUUUCGCAUGCCAAACGCAACAGCUUUUGCAUAUGUUGCAUGACAAAUUGGAAGAUGUUGGGGAUGGUCAAUUUUCAGGGAAUAUCCACAUCCAAGUGUCCCACGUGGACGAGCACGCGUUUUUGGCCCGCGAGGAGGUGAACUUCUACGACCCGAACUACAACAUUGCGAUCCCGAUUUUCAUAUCCUGUGCAAAAGUAUCGUACUCGUAGUAAUUAUUGCGUGUAUGCAUUACAAUUUUUUUGCUCAAGGCAAAUCAGCAUUACAAAUUCAAUUUGUAAUGCUGAGGAAAUUUGUAAUGCGAUUUCUACUAGUACGAUGCUUUUGCAUUCGAUAUUUCAUGAUCCACGGCAACCACGACGAUCCCGGCGGGAUCCACAACCUGUCCGCCAACCACCUGCUCUCCGUGAACCGUCUAGUCAACUACUUCGGCAAUCAGCCGGACGUGGACGACAUCAAGCUCGGCCCAAUUUGCAUCGAGAAAAAAGGCACCAAGCUCGCCCUCUACGGCCUUGGCAACGUGCGGGACGAGCGACUCAACCGCACCUUCGAAAAGGGACACGUGUCGUGGAGUCGACCCACGCCAAAUCCCGACGACUACUUCAACAUCAUGCUUAUACACCAAAACCGCUUUCGCGGAAAUUUUGGUACACCAUUUACUUAGUGAUAAAUAUAUGAAGUGCGUCAGUGUCGUGUGAGCAGCAAUAGCGAUUCUACAUUACGUACGGUUUUCCUCGAGGCGUUCUUCGCGUCGCCAGUUUUUACAGUUUCUUGAGUAGAGCUGUUCUUCUUAUCCUGUGCACAGAAAUGAAAAUAUGAAAAUGCGGAGGUAACUAAAAGCUCUUCCACACGUAAAGCAAUAACUGACUAUCCAGGUGGUAUGCCGAACAAGCAGUGUGUGAAGGAGGAGUUUCUGCCCGAUUGGCUGAACCUGGUGAUCUGGGGCCACGAGCACGAAUCGAAGUGUGACCCCGCGGAGUCGAAAGCGGGAAAUUACCACAUCAUGCAGCCCGGCUCCUCGGUCGCGACCUCGUACAUUGCCGCGGAGGCCGUGCUAUGAAUUGCAAACUCGUACUAAUCGCAUUCAUGCAUCACAAAUUUCUUUCUCAAGGGGAAUCCGCACUACAAAUUUCACUUUUCAUGCUGAGGAAAUUAUUUGUCAUGCGAUUUAUACUAGAGCGAUAGCGGUAGUUUUGCAAUGCAUACAUGCCCAAAUACAUCUGCUACCUGGAGAUCAUGGGUACGCAGUACAAGAUAUCCUGAGGAAAAACGUACCCACACCAGAGUUGUAAUGCAGAUUUGCAAAGACAGGAACAUUUGUAAUGCGCAUCGCCAGGAGAGGCAUUUUUAGUCGCGUUUUGGAAUUUGUAAUGCUGUAAACAGGAUGAGCAGAUGGAUUUCUGAUGCAGCUGGCCUUGCGCACCUGCACUACACUACGGACUGCAACUUGUGAUGCGUGACCCCCAAAAGUUCUAGGUUUGUGUUGCAAAAUCCCCAUCUUGACUCUGGUGUGGGGACGUUUUUACAUAUGAUACAAGACGACCAAGGUGCCCCUGAAAACCAUCCGCCCCUUCAAAAUCGACGAGGUCUGCCUCAAGGACGUGCGGGCGGAGGACGUGGACCAGAAUUUCGGCCUGCAGAACGUCGGCAAUCCUGCUCGGGCGAAGCGGCAAAAGCUGUCGCGUCUCGCUGGAUUUGAACCGAAUGCGUCUGGUACUAUGGACAACGAAGUAGACGACGACCUGGACUCCUUUCUUGUAUGAGAGUGCACAACUCCCCCGCCUCCCCCUCAUUUGUAUUGCAUGACUGUCCAUACAAGCGUCAGCAAGAACGCGGGUCUCGCGUGACAAAUUUCCACAGGAUUGUGGUGCUAUUUGGGCUGCCACGACUUGUCAUGCAAACAGUGCCAAGAGGCAAAGCCUGGACUUGGGAUUUAGCAUCACAAAUGAGGGGGACGACGGGGAGUUGUGCACUGUCAUACCUCGACCCCAACGACCACAAGCAGAUCUGGGAUUUUCUGACCCAGCACAUUGAGAAGCUCAUCGCGCUGAACGAAGAGGAGCAGCAGCAAAAGGACGAGCAAUUGCGGUCGAAAAAGCUGCCCCUGAUUCGACUCAAAGUCGAUUACACCGACUUCCCCUGCAACAUCAUUGGCAACGCGCGGUUCGGCCAGCAGUUCGUGGGCCGGGUCGCCAAUCCCGACGCGUUAUGCAAUACAAAUUUACCGUACAUGCACAAGAUGCAUCACAAAUUCUACCAAUUUGAAGCGUAAAACUUGUCAUGCUAAACUAGAAUCGAAGCCAAGUUUUGUCAUGCGGAGACCGCAUUUGUACGUGUACGGGAAAUCUACAUUGCAUACGCGUUGCUGCUGUUCACCAAGAAGACGCAACGGCGGGCGGCGAACCAGCGAAUCCCGAUGCUGGAUGAGACCGGCGAGGUACGAACGGACGAGUUCGGUAACGUCAUGUACUUUGACGAAAUGGAGGAACUGCAGUACGAUGAGCAAGGAAACGUCAUCGACAAACCGCUGGAACACACGACCUUUGACGAGGCCGGCGACCGCGUGGACCCCUUCAGUCGCGAGGCCAAGAUGGAGCAACAGCGAACGAUGGGCGAGACGCUCUUCAACCUCAUGCCGAAACAGGACUACGCAAUUCUCCCGGGCACAGACUUUAACCACGCGAUUUUGAACUUUGUGGAAAAAAACGACGCGGGGUCGAUCGAGCGCUUCGUGAAAGCCACGAUCGAAGCGACAAACCAACAGCUUUUCUCCGCUAGUGCAGACCAGGUCAAUUCGGAGGUGGACAAUAUUUUGAUUGCCAUGAAGCAGAAGCGAGAGCAGAUCCGGCAGGAAACCAAAAUCAAGCUCGCGUCCGACGCAACUUUUCAGAAUAUGACUGGAAUGGCCAGUAACUUCAUGGAUGACGACAUUCCCAUGGACGUGUCGGACGACGAUAUUAACGCGGACGUGCGCGGUAUGCAUUGCAUGCAAUGGUAAUAUCGUAAACGAGUAGCGAAAACUGCAUGACCAAGUAAAAGAAGUUUUCGGCAAACAAAAAUAACGGACUCUGUCAUGAUGCGAAAUCAGGUAUACAGAGCAUCUUUCCCAUGCAUGAUCGCAAUUCGAAACAACAAGUAGAAGUCCUCUAUGACGAGUGCGAUGAUAUUACUUUUGCACUGGAUACCCCGCGGCCAACAACUUCAACACCAAGGUCCAGCAGGCAAGGCGAAAGCCAAGGCGAAAUCCCGCGCCAAGGCAAAAGCCGGAAAGGCGAAAAGCCGGGCGAAAGCCGGCAGUGGGGUUUCGUCUUCUGGCAGCGGUAGCGCGCGCCCAAGUCCGAACGACUUGACCAUGGGGAACAAUAACAAUGUCGGGUUUCUGGCCAUGGCGAACCAGCAGCAACAGAUGCUGAACGCGGGCGGAGGUGGGCUGCAGCAACAACCAUUUUUUCAGCAGCAACAGCAGCAGCCGUUUCAACCUCACAUGCAGCAACAACAGCAAUUUCGGCCCAAUAUGCAGCAACAGCAGCAGCACGUCCGACAAAAUCCAAACAUGCAUCAGCAGCAGCAAAACCAAAACAUGAUGCAGCAGCCCAACCCAAACAUGAACAGCUCUGCUCUCCCUAGUUCAUUCAUGCAAAUGAGCGCUGGGGGGCAAGGGCAACCACCGCAGAAGAGACAAAAAAUCGACCCUUCGACGUCUAUGAUGAACUCAAACACCAACAACUCUUCCCAAUUUGCAGCAGGGAGCGGCGCUCAGCGCGUCCCGCAGCAGCAGCAGCAGCAAAUACCUGCGGGCAGUUCUUCCUUCGCCCAAAUGAACCAAAGCCAGUCCCAGUUUGCACCACCAGCUGCGCCACCACAACAGCAGCAAUCGCAAUUUGCCCAAAUGUUCGCGAACACAAGCGCGGCGCCGCGCGCGAAUGCGGGAAACAGGUCGGGAGGGCAACCGGGGUCGACGCAACGAAGGCUGCCGUGGCAAAAGAAAUAGUGGAAGGAGGAUUGUUCAGCUCUACUUUUAUAUAGCAAGCGAAGGACUACAAUUGAUUUUAAACAAAUGAACGACAACAACGACUUGCCAUACGCAAACGCACCCGCAUUGAUAAAUGAACCGAGACAAGGAUCGGAGGUGAAUCGAAAUCCCCGAGAUUCAUUUCUCACCAGAAAAAAUGCAGUGAGU